GCAAAGUUUGCGAAAUUCCCUUUCAAAAUUCAUUAAAUAUUCAAUAUUAUCCUAAAAACAGACACGAAGAAAUCCUGCUCUUUAUGUGUUAAUUUGAAGUUGACAAAUUUAUGGACCAAUUAUUAAAAUGAUGUUUUAUUGUGGUUUGUUGGUGUUAUUUUUGAGUUCAGUGAGAACUGGAAGUUUGAACGAUAAAGGUUUGGCAAACAGUAAACAAUUCGAUGGCAGUGUCACUUAUUCAUAUUGGCCGUCGAUUCACAACGGUGCGAGAAUGAUGAAAAUUCGGAAACGGGAAGCAGAACAGGUUGGUCAAAACGAAGGAGGUGGAGCUAAGAUUGAUUCGACAGCGUCAUAUCGUGCGUCUACUGCUCCACAUUUUGCUCCGAAUGGAGGGCUGCAACUACAUCUACUACAAGCGAAUUCUUCAUUACCAACAAAUAAUAUGACAGUUGUUUCAUCUGACACCAAAACUCCAAUAAUGAAUGAUAUACAAGUUCCUUCAAAAGGGAGCCCAGCUAACAAUGAGACAAAUACCAGCACAGUUCUUCCGACAUUAAAUACUACAAAAAUAAAUGUUACGCAAACAGAGUCUUUGGACAAAGUAGAUUUAAGUGGACCAGGAGUUGUGAAACGCGGAGCCAUUGUUUUUGGAGGAUUCGCAUUAUUAGCUGUUGCAUAUUUUAUUUUCUAUAGGAGAAAGAGCAAUAAGAACAAUCCGAACAACACUCAUAAUGCGAUUGAUGCUAAUCAAUUCCGUUAUGGUGUACUCCAAUCUGAGGAUAGGAGAGAUAACAUGGAGUUAUCUCAUGUACCUAUUAUGGGUGCCAUGGAAUCUGAUGAUGAUGAAGAUGACGAUUUGGAAAUAUUUGAUUUAGAACAGAGAAAGAAAUCUUUAUCAUAUGUAAACCUUCAGUUACAUGAUGACGAAAUAGUUAAUGGACUAAAGGAAGUAUCCGGAGAGAACGAGAGGGAUAAUCUUCUAUUAGACAUAGAGGAUUCUAAUUCUGACGCAUUAAUCAAUUGGUCAAAUAAUGGUAACAAAUCUAUUUUAUAAGUGACUUGAUAAUGGUUUGUUUUGUUAUUGUUACUGAGGAAAAAUUUUCCUUCUAUGAAAAAUGCCAAUGCAAGGUUGUAUGCUUAAAUAUUUCUCAGAUUUUUGAGAAAGAUGUCAGUCAGGUAAUUAAAAAACCUAGUAAGAUAGUGUUACACAGGCCCAUUGGACGGUCAAUUUUCAGAAAUGCCUGUUGUUAAAGAAAGAAGGUAAUAUAGUCCUAACUUAUAAGACAUGCUGUGCAUUUGUAAAUAGUAGUUACUUUUUGAACAUUACAAAGUAUUGUAUUAAGCUACUUGCAAUUAUUUCCAUAUUUUAAUUUUAAUUUGAAAUUAUUUAGAGACUGGUUUCUCUUCCGAAUAAUUUGUGAGGAGUAUGCUGACAUAGUUGUAUUUAUUAAAAGUAAUUUACCAGUACUUUUUAUGUCAACUAAAAUAUUGAUUAAUGACCACAUAAAUUAAGAGAAAUCAAACAAUUUACUGACAAACUUUAAAAGUUUUUUUCAACAUAUAAAUUAAUUCUUUCUGUGGGAAAAAAAACAAUUUUUAUGCAUGUUAUUUUGUAAAACUUGAGGUGUUUGAAUGUCAAUGAUAUCUAUGCAUUUAAUUUUUUGUUAUUCUUUUGGUAGAAUAAGAAAAAACCCACAUGAUUAACAAUUCAAACACUAGAUCUAGAGACAAUAUGUAAAGCGAACACGAUAAAAUGAGGAAAAUAAAAAACUAUUAAAAUGACUUAUUAUUGUUUCCAACUGGAUAUAGUUGUUAUCUUAGUCCAGUAUCAAUUUAAAAGUCUUAUAUUUUAUUAUUGGCAAAACCAUUAACAUUAUCUUUUUAAACAUUACACCAAUAAACACACGCCUACUGUGUAAAUAAUAAACAUAGAGGAAAUAUGAUGCAAUCGUUGUUACAAUACAACCACUCUUAGGCGUAUAUCGUGAGUUAUUGACAUUUCAAUCCUGUUUGCUUAGUAUAUGAGUCAGAAUCAAUGCAAAGCAUUAUUCUCAACGAUAUACUGAAACUACUUAUCUCUCUUAUUUAUAGAUUAUUUUUAUAUUACAUGGGACUUAUAUUGGUAUUUUAUUUGAUCAUUCCUGUGUAGUAUAAGACUUGUAUUAAUCAGUAAAUAUACUUUUUGUUACUUAAAAGGAAAAAAACUAUUAAUUUGGUUAACUGUCU